AAAGGAAGAGACUAAAUGGCUGCACCGCUACCGGGCUUCACCCCGCUCCUGCUCUCGUCUCUGGUACUCCACCUGCUUCUCCUCGGCCCUUUGUUCGCCCUCACCCCGGGGACGGUGAAUACAGGAGGGGAUUGCAACCGAUGGACCCCGGGCCUCUGUUACCGAGACACCGGUAAAGUGAGCCAGCAGCAGCAGUGCGAGGAAGCAGGGGAGUCGCCGAGGGGCAGCUGGAAUCUACGCCCAAGCAGGUGGACUGUAGAGCGGAUACAGACUAGGGGAUGCUCUGGAGUGCAGCACACAGGAGGGAAGCUGGGGGGAUAUCACCGGGAUGGGACGAGGAGGACACGGAAGGAGAGACUGAAAGGAGUCGGGACGUUUUGGAGGAGCGGAGACGGCCCCCCGGCAUCGCCGCCACCUCCUCCUCCUCCUCCCCUCCCAGGUAUUAGGAGCAGGUCGAGCUCAGAUGGAGUCGGCGCAGGAGAGGGAGUGGAGAAGGGGAUGAGGAGGAGGAGGAAGGGCGUUGUUUCACCUCCCGCUUCACCUGCUUUCACCUCCUCACCGGUUCAAAACGGUAAAAAACGGGCAAUACAAAGGACUAGAGCGUGCGCGCAACGAUGGCCGGCGUCGGGGCCACACCUCGCCAAACGUGGCGCCGACAGAGCCUUUGUGCACGCCUCUGGCCUGUGCAGGGCACCCGGAAGAGGAGGGAGGAGAGGGGGAGAGGUGUGGGAGGGGGUUCAUGAGGUGAGGAGGCUCCUUGCCACAUGCUGCUCCCCGACACCCGGGUAUCUCCACCGGUCAAGCCCCAACAAACAAGCCCCUUCCCCGGCCAACAACCCCUCACCUGGCCACUUGCCAACCGUUUCCUCUUGUUGCAUGCAUGCUCUUUCUGGAUACAAUUCACCACAUGUUGAGGCUUCAAAUUACACCUUUGAAUUUAACCCCCGUUUCACUAACAAUUCAGAUUGUAUCGGAGCAUCAAAAUUGGACUACGUUUUUAGUUUUUCAACAGGUUAUUCCUUCCAGAGUGAGUACACAGAUGAAAUUCAGCAGCAUCCAGGUUACAGGAACAACAGCAGGGCUUGGGAUGCUGAUGUGGGCUCAGCCAGGCUGGACAGGAGGGCUGGUAAUUGUUCUCAUUUGGGCAGGCACAAUGUUAUCGAUCCCAGCAGCUACAAAGAGGGGGGUGAUGAUAGCUGUUUGACUGGAUGCAUUAGGAGCAGAGAUGGGGAGGAGGGGAAGGAAGCGUAUGGAUGUAGUGCACCGGCAGUGAUUAACCCCGGUACCGGGGCGCACCUACGUUGUUGCGGACCCUCUUUCAGUGAUGCGAAAGCAAUGUAUUACCGUGCCAGAAUUAUGGAUAAGAUGAGGGGGAGGGAUGAAAGGGGAGAUGGAAAGGAUGGAAGAGGAGGAGGGGUGAGCCAAGGCAACAAACACAUUAAUUUAUCUAAUUAUCCGGAUAAUGAUUUGGCUUUUCCGAUUCUGAAGCUCCUAUGUAGGGCUGAUAAUGAGCGCCGGCAGGGGAAAUCAGCACCGGCAAACGGGGGGCAGAUCAUGCAAACACGGGGAGAGAGCAGGGAGGUUCCCGGUGGUUGCUUUGGUUGUUUGGACAGAAAAGAAAUGGGGGAUGGAUAUUUAGCAGAGUUUAUGGUUCUCGAGGGAGGCCUAGCUCAGAGGAAUCCCCCCAUCCAAUUCAUCCCCAGCAACAUCACUGAGACGCCCGGCCAGCGUUUUCUAUCCAACAAAAGCGCCAUUCCUGAAAUCGCAUCAAAAUAUCCUGGCCCAGUGCUCAGUACGCCCACUCAAACACAAACAGGCGAUUAUGCAGACACUGAAAAACUAUCCAAACCGCUCCGUCUAUCCGCUGAUAAAGUAAAACCAACUUCAGAGACAGAGUUUACUAGUGACUCAGGCUUUUUGCAAAGUCUGCCUGCGAAGUUUCCCGCUACAUUCCCCAGAGUUGUGUCUGCCACGUCUCGCUUUACAACAGCAAGCAAGCCACAUUUUCUCACUCAGCCUGAUUAUAUUACAGCAAAGCACCUAUCGUUUUUCUUUGAAAUGAACUCAACCACAUGGCGGGAUGACUCUCCACUUUCGCUUCACUUACCCUCUGUGGAGGACGUGAUUUCAGCACAACGGACAGCUCCACCAGACUUUCAGCUAGUAUUACUUUGGAGCAAAUUCAACACCAACAGUAAUAAUAACAACAACCAAGAGGAGACGGGAAGCAGGGAGAUGGAAGGAUAUCGUCAUGAAUCUAAAAUAGAAAAAUCACAGUGGCAGGGUCAAACACAGCAACAAGACCUGUGGGAGAGCGCACUGCGAGAGUUUGGCCAAGCAGGGUGCGCUGACAGUGUUUCCACCGACUGUUCAGCCACCGAGCAGGGGGACCAUCCACAUAUGCAAUUAAAAUCUGGUAAGCAAGUGCCAUUAGAGCCCGAAGGUGUCAGACAGUCAGAUAGGCAGCAGAUGGGGACUGAGGGAGAAAGGGAGAGGGACGGAGAGAGGGAGGGAGACCGCGUGGAGGGUUCUGCUGCUGUUGCUGCCGCUGUUGGGGGAGGAAAAUUACAGGUGGGGGAGGGCAGCGAGAGAGAGGCGCGGUUGAUGGGAGGGAGAGAACCAGGGGGAGAAGAGGGAGAGGAGGAGGAGAGGGAAAAGGGAAUAACAAAGGCAAGCCAGGCAGAGGGAGGGAAGGGUCAGGAUAGCAGCAGUCACACCACUACCAUCACACAGCCAGAUAGCGAAAGAUGGAAGAAAGAGAGCCGGGAGGAUGAAAGCCACAAGGGAGGAGAGGGGGGUGAGAGGGAGGUGGUGGAGGAGAGGCACAGUUCAAGGGGAGAGAGGAGCCUGGAACGACUGAUAAUAGUGGCAGAUGAUGAAACCUCACAGGGAGAAAGGGGGAAGAAGGUUUUGAUGCCAUGGUCCCGCUCUCGACGUGCAGCCAACAGGCAUCCUCAUUUCUCCCAGUAUAACUUCCAAGUACAAGUAGCCGAGAACCAGCCCACCGGCACCUCGGUCAUUGUCAUGUCUGCUACAGACCCAGAUGCAGGGGAUGCAGGCAAGGUGAACUACUCGAUGGUUGCACUAGUAAAUUUUCGAUCAUCUGACUAUUUCCACAUCCACCCAGAUACAGGUCUCAUCACCACCACUCAGGUUCUAGACAGAGAACACAUGGAUCUGCAUUACUUCCGGGUCACAGCAACUGAUCAUGGCGUCCCCCGCCUCUCUGGCACCACAAUGGUGGCCAUUACUGUUUCAGAUCGGAAUGACCACUCUCCUAUAUUUGAGCAGACUGAAUAUAGAGAGACUAUCAGGGAGAACAUAGAGGAAGGGUAUCUCAUCUUACAGCUGAGGGCAACAGAUUUAGACUCCCCAUCCAAUGCCAAUAUCCGUUAUCGGUUUAUCGGUGACACAGCUGCAAUAGCAAGAGCGGCAUUUGAGAUUGAUCCACGCUCUGGCCUCAUUACAACCCGUGGAGUAGUGGAUCGGGAAAUAAACGAGCACUACACACUACAGGUGGAGGCCAGUGACCAGGGGAAGGAACCUGGGCCACGCUCUGCCACUGUGAGAGUUUUCAUCACCGUUCUGGAUGAAAAUGACAAUGUGCCACAGUUCAGUGAAAAGCGUUAUGUAGUAGCAGUGAAGGAGGAUGUGCGGCCUCACUCUGAAAUCCUCCGUGUAAGUGCCACAGAUCGGGACAAGGACAGUAAUGCUGCUGUUCACUAUAAUAUCAUUGGCGGAAACAGCCGUGGACAGUUUUCCAUCGACAGUGUGACUGGGGAGAUCCAGGUGGUUGCACCACUAGACUAUGAGGCUGAACGGGAGUAUACACUCCGUGUUCGUGCACAGGACAAUGGCCGACCACCUCUCUCCAACAACACUGGCAUUGUCAGUGUACAGGUGACAGAUGUCAAUGACAACCCACCCAUCUUCGUUUCCACACCAUUCCAGGCGUCUGUGCUUGAGAGUGCUCCAGUUGGAAGCUCCAUCCUCCACAUACAAGCCAUUGAUACAGAUUCUGCUGACAACGCACGGCUGGAGUACAGGUUAACUGGCACCAGCUCUGACACACCAUUUGUCAUCAAUUCUGCAACAGGCUGGGUCACUGUCAGCUCCAUUCUUGACAGAGAAUCUGUGGAGCACUAUUUCUUUGGAGUGGAGGCCAGGGAUUAUGGCAUGCCACCUCUUUCUGCUACAGCAAGUGUUACAAUAACAGUGAUGGAUGUUAAUGACAACCGUCCUGAGUUCCUCCAAAAGGAGUACUAUUCUCGCCUGAAUGAAGAUGCGGUGGUAGGUACCAGUGUGGUAAUUGUCACAGCUGUGGACCGUGAUGUCAACAGUGCUGUGACCUAUCAGAUAACAGGAGGAAACACCAGAAACCGCUUUGCCAUCAGCACAGCGGGAGGGGCUGGACUUCUCUCCUUAGCCCUCCCACUGGACUACAAACAGGAGCGACGUUAUGUUCUAACAGUUACUGCCUCUGACCGCACACUCCAUGACACCUGUCAGGUGCACAUCAACAUCACUGACGCCAACACACACCGACCUGUAUUCCAGAGUGCCCACUACUCUAUUAGUGUAAACGAGGACAGGCCGCCUGGGAGCACUGUAGUCGUCAUCAGUGCAACAGAUGAUGAUGUUGGUGAAAAUGCUCGAAUCACAUAUUUCCUUGAAGAUAAUAUCCCACAAUUCCGCAUUGACCCUUCCACGGGGGCGAUAACACUCCAGGCAGAGCUCGACUAUGAGGACCAGAUGACUUACACUUUGGCUAUAACUGCAAAAGACAACGGCAUACCACAGAAAUCAGAUACUACAUAUGUUGAGGUGAAUGUCAACGAUGUGAAUGACAAUGCACCUCAAUUCCUCAGCCCCAGAUAUCAGGGUACAGUGAGCGAAGACGCCCCUCCAUUUACGAGUGUCCUCCAGAUCUCAGCCACUGACCGUGAUGCACAUGCCAAUGGUCGUGUUCAGUACACUUUCCAAAAUGGUGAGGAUGGGGAUGGAGACUUUACCAUUGAGCCCACAUCCGGCAUUGUCCGAACUAUCCGCCGUUUGGACCGUGAGAGUGUACCAUUUUAUGAGCUCACUGCUUAUGCUGUAGACCGUGGUGUGCCUCCACAGCGAACCCCUGUCCACAUCCAGGUGACAGUUCUCGAUGUGAAUGACAAUGCCCCUGUCUUCCCUGCUGAUGACUUUGAGGUUUUAGUGAAGGAAAACAGCGUUGUGGGCUCUGUGGUAGCCCAGAUCACGGCCACAGAUCCAGAUGAGGGUGCCAACGCUCAGAUCAUGUACCAAAUUGUGGAGGGCAACAUCCCUGAGAUCUUUCAAAUGGACAUCUUUUCAGGGGAACUCACUUCACUCAUUGAUCUCGACUAUGAGGCCCGCAAUGAGUAUGUCAUUGUAGUCCAAGCCACCUCAGCACCUCUAGUAAGCCGGGCCACUGUACGGAUCCGAUUGGUGGACCAAAAUGACAAUGAGCCCACUUUGCAGGACUUCCAGAUUAUUUUCAACAACUUCGUGUCCAAUCGGUCCAACAGUUUUCCCAGCGGGGUUAUUGGGAGAGUUCCCGCCCACGAUCCCGAUGUGUCAGACCGGCUGUACUACACUAUCGACAGAGGGAAUGAGCUUCACCUGCUGCUCCUGAAUCACACCAGUGGAGAGAUCCGACUGAGCCGAAAACUGGAUAACAACAGGCCACUGGUGGCUCCCAUGCUGAUCUCCGUCACAGACGGCAUUCACAGCAUCUCAGCUCAGUGCAUCCUCCGCGUCCUCAUCAUCACUGAGGACAUGUUGGGCAGCAGUGUCACCGUCCGCCUGCAGAACAUGUCCCAGGAACACUUCCUGUCGCCGCUGCUGGGGCACUUCCUGGAGGGCGUGUCGGCGGUGCUCUCGGUGCCCGUUGAGGACGUUUUCAUUUUUAACAUCCAGCCGGACUCGGCGCCUGGAGGAAUUCUGAACGUGAGCUUCUCUGCUGCAUUGCCGGGCGGACACUUCUUCCCCUCUGAGGCCCUGGAGGAACAGCUGUACCUGAACAGGCCGAGGCUGACAUCACUGACACAGAUGGAGGUCCUCCCGUUCGAUGACAACGUUUGUCUGCGGGAGCCGUGCCAGAACUACAUGAAGUGCAUAUCCGUGCUGCGUUUCAACAGCUCUGCCCCCUUCAUCUCCUCGCCUUCCAUCCUUUUCCGGCCCAUCCACCCCAUAGCGGGCCUACGCUGCCGCUGCCCAGUGGGCUUCACGGGCGACUACUGUGAGACAGAGAUCAACCUGUGUUACUCUAACCCCUGUCUGAACGGAGGGGUGUGUGUCCGCAGAGAAGGAGGGUACACAUGCAUCUGCCGUGAAGACUACACUGGUGACCGAUGUGAGUUUGAUCGAAGGCAGGGCAGGUGUGUGCCGGGAGUGUGUCGUAAUGGUGGGACGUGUCGGGAGCUUUCAGGCGGGGGUUUCCGUUGUGAGUGUCCUGCAGGAGGCUACGAGCGACCAUACUGCACUGUCACUGCACGGUCCUUCCCACCCAAGUCCUUCGCCAUGUUCCGGGGCCUCAGACAGAGAUUUCAUCUCUCCAUCUCAUUGACUUUUGCUACCCUGGAGAGCAGCGGUCUUCUCUUCUAUAAUGGACGCUUCAACGAGAAACAUGACUUCAUCGCCUUGGAGAUCCAAGAAGGACAAGUGGUGCUUAAAUAUUCCACAGGUGAAUCUUCCACUCAGGUGAGUCCCUUCCUGCCUGGCGGCGUCAGUGACGGCAACUGGCACACAGUUCACAUCCACUACUACAACAAGCCAGCUACACGCUAUCCUAAGCGCAGUAUGAGUGGCGAGGCCCAGGGUCCAUCAGAUGAGAAGAUUGCUGUGGUGAGCAUUGACGACUGUGAUACAGCACUGUCGCUUCGCUUCGGUACGCAGCUUGGAAAUUACAGCUGUGCUGCACAAGGAAAACAAACCAGCAACAAGAAAUCUCUGGACCUGACUGGUCCAUUGUUUCUGGGCGGAGUUCCCAACGUACCAGACAACUUCCCAUUUGGCACCAGGGAGUUUAUCGGCUGUAUGAAGGAGCUGCACAUUGACAACAAGCCGCUGGACUUGGCUGGGUUCAUUGCUAACAAUGGAACACUUCCCGGCUGCAGUGCCAAGCUUCCCUUCUGUAAAUCCAAUCCCUGUCAAAAUGGAGGUACCUGCAGGGUGAGCUGGGAGACUUUCUCCUGUGACUGCCCCCUAGGAUACGGAGGGAAAGACUGCAGCCAUGUGAUGCCACACCCUCAUCGUUUCCUGGGUAACAGCGCCCUUUGGUGGGACCUGAAGAACGACGUGACCAUCUCCACGCCCUGGUACCUGGGCUUGGUGUUCAGAACCAGAGCAAAAGAGGGGACACUGCUGCAAGCCCAGGCUGGCCAGUACACAAGCCUGUUGUUCCAGGUGACAAAUGGUCAGCUGGUGUUCUCAGUGACCCGCGGUCCGGCCAGACCGGUGCGUUUGCGCUUGGAUCAGGUUCAGGUGGCAGACGGCCGGUGGCAUGAUCUCCAACUGGAGCUGCGAGACGUACGCAGCGGUCGUGAAACUCGCUAUGUGGCCACGCUACGGCUCGACUUUGGACUGUAUCAGGGAACAGUGAUAGUGGGAAAUGAGAUUCAUGGUUUGAAGGUGAAACAUCUGCAUGUGGGAGGAGUGCUGGGCUCUGGAGAGGUUCAGAAUGGGAUAAGAGGAUGUAUACAGGGCGUUCGAUUGGGGGUGCGCCCAGACGCCCCCGCCUUGCCUCGCCCGUCCAGAGCUUUCAAAGUGGAGACCGGCUGCAAUGUCGGCAACCCCUGCGUCUCGUCUCCUUGUCCCUCCCACAGCCGCUGUUCUGACCAAUGGGAGCGGCACUCCUGUAUAUGUGAACCAGGUUACUAUGGGAAAAGCUGCACUGAUGCUUGCCAUCUGAAUCCAUGUGAAAAUGAAGCUCAGUGCCACAGGAAGCCCAGCUCUUCCCAUGGAUACAUCUGUGACUGUGGGGACAACCAUUAUGGACAGUACUGCCAACACAGGAUUGAUCACCAGUGUCCCAGGGGUUGGUGGGGGUCUCCGACCUGUGGACCAUGUCACUGUGACACCAAUAAAGGCUUCGACCCUGACUGUAACAAGACCAGCGGACACUGUCACUGCAAGGAGUUUCACUACCGUCCGCGGGGCUCUGACACCUGCCUGCCAUGUGACUGCUACCCGGUCGGCUCUUUCUCGCGGUCAUGUGACUCAGAGACCGGCCAGUGCCAGUGCAGGCCCGGUGUGAUUGGUCGCCAGUGCAACGCAUGUGACAACCCCUUUGCUGAGGUCACAAAUUCAGGCUGUGAUGUCAUUUAUGAUGGUUGUCCAAAGACCAUCACUCAGGGGAUCUGGUGGCCACGAACCAAGUUUAGCCUACCUGCUGCAGUGCCAUGCCCCAAAGGCUCUGUGGGUGCGGCCAUCAGACACUGUGAUGUAGAGAGAGGAUGGUUGGAGCCAGAUCUUUACAACUGCACCUCCCCUCCAUUUGUGGAGCUCAACACUGCUCUUGACUCUCUGGAGCGUAAUGAAACGGAGCUGAACACCAUCAUAGAGAAGAAGCUCGCCCACCAGCUCCGUGACGUCACCGAGGCAACUGCCCGACUCUACGGCAAUGACCUGCAGAUCGCACAGAGACUUCUGUCCCGCCUCCUGACAUUCGAGACCCAACAGAGCGGCUUUGGACUCACCGCCACUCAGGACGCACACUACAAUGAGAACAUUCUGCGGGGCUGUAGCGUGCUGUCGGGUCCUACUGUGGCAGGGCUUUGGCGGGCCCUCGCUCAGAGUCAGAACCACAUCCCCGGUGGUGGUCCUGGCGAGCUGACAGACCUGCUGGAGCAGUACACCCAGAAUCUGGCCCGGAACAUGAAGCUCACCUACCUCAACCCUGUGGCGCUGGUCACUCCCAACAUAGUCAUGAACCUGGACCGUGUGGAGAACCACACCCAUGUGAGGCGGCGUUUCCCACGUUACCACACCACCCUGUUCCGUGGUCAGGCAUUGUGGGAUCCCUACACCCAUGUGAUACUGCCCCCUGCUGCCCUGGUGCCACAGCGACAGCAGCAACACGGCUGGAAGGAGAGGGAGAGGACAGAGAAAGAACCCUUGACCCCUCAGAACGGUGCUCAAGCUCCCAUCAGUAUAUCAGCCAAUCAGACGGGAGAAUACACUGCAGCCAGACGCACCGUCACAAUGCCUGAGCAGCCUAUCACCAUUGUCAUCUUGCUGAUCUAUCGCAGCCUAGGCGCCGCCCUUCCUCCCAAGUACCACACAGACCGCCGAGGAGUGAGGCUUCCCAGACACCCAGUAAUGAACUCCCCAGUGGUCAGUAUCUCUGUCUACAACAACCAGACAUUUGUUAGCGGACACUUAGACCAGCCCAUCCUGCUGGAGUUCAAGCUGCUGGAGACGGCCAACCGCAGCAAGCCGCUGUGUGUGCAGUGGAACUACAGCAGUCAGUAUGAGAUAGGAGGCUGUUGGACAGUGAGGGACUGUAUGGUGGUAUACAGGAACACCUCUCAUGUCCGAUGUCAGUGCCAGAGACUGGGCACCUUCGGGGUGCUGAUGGACAGUUCACACAGAGAGCAGUUGGAGGGGGAUCUGGAGACACUGGCGCUGGUCACCUACUCCUCUCUGUGUCUCUCCAUGCUCGCUCUCCUCCUCACUGUUUUGGUGCUCUCCUGCCUCCGAGGCCUCAAGUCCAACACCAGGAGCAUCCAUUCAAACACAGCGGCAGCCAUGUUUUUGUCUGAGCUGGUGUUUCUGCUGGGUGUCAAUCAUACUGAACAACAGUUCCUGUGUACAGUCGUCGCCAUCCUGCUGCAUUACUUCUUCAUGUCCACGUUUGCCUGGAUGUUCGUGGAGGGCCUUCAUAUCUACCGCAUGCAGACAGAGCAACGCAACAUCAACUAUGGAGCCAUGAGAUUCUAUUACGCCAUCGGCUGGGGCGUGCCUGCUAUUAUUACUGGCCUGGCAGUGGGCUUGGACCCAGAGGGUUAUGGGAACCCAGAUUUCUGCUGGAUCUCCAUCUAUGACAAACUCAUCUGGAGCUUUGCUGGUCCAAUUGCCAUCGUCAUACUGAUGAAUGGAGGGAUUUUCAUGAUUGUAGCCAAAAUGUCCUGCAAUCCGUCCCAGAAGGAGACCAAGAAGCUUCCCGUCAUUGCAACAAUUCGCAAUGCUUUCCUGCUGUUGCUGGUGGCCACCUCCACCUGGCUGUGUGGUUUGAUGGCUGUGAACAACAGCAUCCUGGCUUUCUAUUACAUAUUCAAUGCUCUCUGCUUAGUUCAGGGUCUGUCAGUGAUGCUGGUCUUCACUGUAUUCAACUCAGAGGUUCAGGAGGCCUGGAGAGUGGCUUGUUUGGGUAAGAAGAGCCCUGGAGAAGACCCACCAAGACCACCACAGAACACUGCGCAGAACCCCUAUCACAACGCAUCUCUGUUGGAGCAGAGUGGGCUGCACCGCAUCACCCUGGGAACCUCUACCAUCUCCUCUGUCAGCUCCGCAAGAGAAAACCUUUUGGCUCGUCAGACUCUGGAACAAAACAUCGUUCACACUGGGGCGACAGACCUGGAUGUAGCCAUGUUUCACAGAGACGGAGGUGAGGACUCAGACUCAGACUCAGACCUCUCCAUGGAGGAGGAGCGUAGUCUCUCCAUUCCUUCCUCUGAGAGUGAGGACAAUGUCCGCCUCCGUGGACGUAUCCAGAGGCGCUUCAAACGCUCCAAUCACAGCGAGCGUCUGCUCACUGAGCCGACCCACAAUGGUACCAAAGAUCUAGAUGGAAAUGACCUUCUGUCUUACUGGCCAGCAUUGGAGGAGUGUGAGACACACACCCUUCAAAAGUGGGGCUCAGAGCGCCCCCUGGGGGCAGAUUACAGCAAGGAUGCUGCCAACAACAACCAACCUGAUGCAGCGCUGACUAGUGGGGAUGAGAGCGGCCUCACCCAGCCACACAGGCACCGCAAGGGUAUCCUGAAGAAUCGACUUGGCUGCCCCCCAGCACUCCAGGGUCUUUCCACCGUGGGCCGGAACCCUAGUGAGCUCAACUGGUACCGCACCUCUACUCUGGGUCACCGAGGAGUUCCUGCGGCCUCUUAUGGUCGCAUGUACUCUGCCACGGCUGGUGCAGGUGGAGGUACAGGCUCUCUCUCUCAGCCAGGUUCCCGCUACUCCUCCAGGGAACAUCUGGACUCGCUGGCCCGAAGGCAGCUGUCCCGGGAUCCUCUAGGGAGGCAAACAGUUGGGGGGUCGAGGGACCGGCUAGACUCCCGGGGUUCCAGGGACAACCUGGAUCUCUUACCCAGGAGGAGAGAGCUGGGGCUGGGGCAGGGAACAGGGCUUGGGGGUCUAGGGCUGGAUCACCAGCGAGCCUCAUCAUCCAGGGAGAACUUGGCAGGAUCCAGGGACAGACUGGACAACCACCACACGGGCAGCGUCCACGCCUCGAGGGAGGACUUGAGCGGAAAUGGGGGAGCUGUCGGAGCAGGAAUGGAGGGAUACCUCAGCGGAUCCAGGUCGCAGCUGAACACGCUAACUCGACGGCAGGCCUCAUCCCGGGAGCACUUAGGGGGAGCGCUGAUGAGCAGCAGAUCGCGAGAACAGCUGGAGACCAACGGAGUCGGAGCCCAGGCCCAGCCAUGUCGGGAGUGGCUACGCACUCUGCCUCCCCGCCAGCCCUCGCACCCCGAGCAGCCUCCCUCCUCCUCCCCUCCUCCGCCGAUCUCCGAGGAGCCCCAGCAAGAGCAGCUCCCUCCUUCGGCUCACGUUAGAGGACGGCUGGACUCCGCACCCCCAUGUAGGUACCCCGGUCAGACUGUCCCCCAGGUCGUAGGUUCAAAUCCAAACCCUCUGGGCCGACAACCGUCCAGUGAACACCUGGAUAUUUUGUCCUCCAUCCUGGCAUCCUUCAGUUCCACUGUCCUCACUCCUCCCCCCGCUGCCUCUAACCCUGGUCCUAAUGGCUCCGCCCAGGGACCUUCACCCUCCCCAUCCCAGUCUGCCACGUCCCACAGCAUAUCUGAAGUCUCCCCUGACUCGGAAGCCAACAGAAGUGAAGGACAGUCUUGA